AUGAGCCGCAACGAGCUGAUCGACUUAGAUAAGCAACGUAGCGAACACGCUCUAACUUGGUGGAGGCUAUGGCAAGAAUCUUACUUGUCCGACUUAAAAAGAUUCCAUUGUCGCAAGGGAAAGGGUACUAGAAUCCCCCGCGUUGGCGAAAUCGUCCUGCUAAAGGAGCCGAAUAUCAAGCGUGUUUCGUGGCCUACGGCCAUUAUAACGGAAUUGAUUCCCGGCUAUGACGGCAAGAUACGAGCUGUAAAGUUACGUCUUCGUUCAGAAAAGGAAAAAAGCGGUCUCCAGACCAUUUAUCCAUUGGAAAUUCAACAUGACGUGGAUCUGCCCGUCAAUUUUUCCGUAGACGGAUCUAGAGAAGCCGAGGCUGGCCAAGAAGAAGGAGGUGCAUCCGCGCCUGAGAAGAAACCCCCGCAAGAAGAAAAAGGAUUCGCCGACGAGGACUCGCGAUUCCGGUGGGGAGGAUGUUGCGGAUCACGACCCGCCACCUGA